UUCUGUCAUUCACACAAUCCAUUUAAAAAUAGCGCACGCUUAAGGCACUUAAUAACCGAACUAAUGAUUGUGCGCGCACCUUAAAACUUUUACAUGCGAACUUUCAGUGCAGCUUCCUUCCGGACAGCCUUGCGCGCGCGCUCCGCCAGUCCGCGCCCGACCGCCGAAGCGACAAUACGUGUGCGUUGUUCGCGAGUGAACCCACGCGCCGUGCAUGUGCUCUAGUGACCCUUAGUGCCCUGAAGUGGAGACUCGCAGUGCGACCGCUGGGCCGAUCGGCCCCGGCGGUAUGGAAUCCCCUCAAAUGUACGACGCAGCCGCGGCCCCUCCACCGCCGCCGCAGCCAGACCUGAAGAAAACAGGAGAGGAUAAGCGCACCCCUUUCCCACCCCCGGACUUAGACGAGCUCAAUGGCCAGGAAAUUAGUUUGGAUUUACAACACCUCAUCGAGGACCAGUUCCGAGGGGAGGAAACGAUGGCCUUGUUUCAGGAAAUUUUACCUGGAGGACGGUCUCCACAACAGAGGCCGUUCGCCAGGACCACUCUCGCGUACAUGCCUCAGCCGGUUCACUCGGGAGCGUCCUACGUCGCACCGGUUCAAGCGAAUUCUCACGAGCAAGCUCCUCCAAUUAAGGAAGAGCCUCCUGAACCUCAUGAUUUUCGACGAGCGGUGACAUGUGCUCAAUAUACAGGUCAAUAUAAUCCACAACCCCCAGUAGGUGUAAGUGGUCCAUACGGAGGCGGAUUUACUCCCUUGCCUCCUUUAGGAGCUCCUCUGUUACCUCCUCUUCUAAAACACAAGCAGCCGCCACCGAGGCGAUCUUCUGGGAAGGUACUAGAUAAGGGUACAGAUGAAUAUAGAAGAAGGAGGGAACGUAACAAUAUAGCCGUUCGAAAAUCCCGCGAAAAAGCUAAAGUGCGUUCUAGGGAAGUUGAAGAAAAAGUUAAAACGCUGUUAAGGGAGAAAGAGGCUUUGUUGAAGAGGCUUGAAGCUGUAACUGGAGAGUUGAGUUUACAUAAGCAGAUGUAUGUACAUCUCAUUAAUUUGAAUCACCCAGAGAUUACGGAGUUGUGCCGGUCAAUGUUGCAACUGGGAGCUCCUCAUGGGCCGGAUCAUACGCUCUGACCGUAGAUCGGAUCAGCGAUGAAUUACUAAAAAAGAAGGACUCCGUGUGAUAUCGUGCAUUAGACUUAAAAUAAGUGACGCCUCUUCUAAAAUAAGCUUAGGUAGCAAAAUUAUUACUUUGUGAUUUUUACAGUUUACUUUUUUAUACAUAUACACGGAUAGUUAAGACUUUUAUUGUAUAGUCUUGUAGACAGAUUAAAGGAAAAUUGGCUACACAGAUGUGAUCUCAAAUAUAGUAGCCAAUUUUUGAAAAUCUGUUACAUUAAAAGAAGACACACAGCCAAGAAAACUAAACGAUCCAAUAAAUCAAUGUCAAUUUGUCUUUUUAGCAAGUGAUUACUUGAAACAAACUUAUUUCGUUUCACAUUCAAAAUAUACGAAAUGUUUCUGCAUUCGUAUAUAGAUUUCCUUUUAGGUAGGUAUGUGUUAUUUUAUUGGUUGAAUAAUGUUUUUUUCCUAUAAAAUAUAAUUUAUAAUUAUCAAUGAAUAUUAAAUGAAAUACUACUUAGGCCAAACCAAAAACCAGCACUGCCAUGAAAAGUCUCGAAAAUGUUUUUAUUUUUGUUUAAUAAUAUAGUAGGUUUAAUCUGUCAUUACUCAUUACAAUCACUGAUUCAUAAAACUCAUUUCAAAUAAAUCAUUAAUUUUUCUAUUUUAAAUACCUAAUAGGUAUAUAUCGUUAAUAGGUGUCGCUAGAGUCGCUCAAAUUGUAUGAAACAAAGGCUGAGUGUUUUAAUUUAAUGGAAUGUUGCAUUAUU